AUGACAUUCAAACAAUCUGCCCAUCCUCUUCUUUUAAUUCCUGGAUCAAUUGAAGUUGCCGACAAUGUUCUUGAGGCCAAUGGCAGCCCAAGCAUGAGCCAUACACAUCAACCCUUUAUUGGAAUAUUUCAAUCAGCUUUGCAAAACUUACGUAAAUUAUUCAAGUCUACCGAUCAUAAGGCUCAAGCUUUUGUGAUUUCUGGUAGUGGUACUCUUGGCUGGGAUAUUGUUGCUUCUAAUUUGAUCAAACCUAAAGAAGAUGCCUUGGUUUUGUCCACUGGGUUCUUUAGUGACAGAUUUGCCGAUGCCUUGACCACUUAUGGGGUCAAUACUGAUGUUAUUAGAGCUGAUCUUGGUGACUAUGUCUCUUAUGAAGAAAUCGAAAAGGCAUUAGGCAGAAAGAAAUAUAAAAUCAUCACCAUAACCCAUGUCGAUACCUCCACCGCAGUUUUGUCUAACGUUGAAGAGAUUUCCAAGAUUGUGAAAAAAGUGUCCCCAGAAACCUUGAUUGUUGUCGAUGGUGUAUGUUCUGUGGCUGUUGAAGAUAUUGAAUUCGACAAGUGGGGAAUUGACUACGUUUUAACUGCUUCCCAGAAAGCGAUUGGUGUCCCUCCAGGUUUGAGUAUCAGUUUUAUCUCAGGUCGUGCCCUUGACGUUGCAUUAAACAGAGAUGUUGAUACCACAUAUUUUGCUUCUUUGAAGAGAUGGGAUAUCAUUAUGAAAGCUUAUGAAUCCGGCAAAGGUGCUUAUUUCGCCACUCCAUCAGUUCAACUUAUCAAUGCUUUGAAAGUUUCCCUUGAAAAUAUUUUGUGCAAACCCCUUGACGAGAGGUUUAAAUUGCACAUUGAAAACUCUGAUUGGUUCAAGGGUGAGCUUGAAAAGCUUGGAUUGAAAUUGGUAAGCAAGAAGCAUGCCGGCUGUCAUGCCUUGACUGCUGCCUACUUCCCAGAAGGUGUCACUGGGGCAAACUUAUUCCCAUUGACAAGCAAGCGUAAUGUUGUAUUUGCCGGUGGUGUUCAUAAGGACAUCGCUACUAAAUAUUUCCGUGUUGGGCACAUGGGGGUUUCUGUAGUGGAUAGAGAUGACACCAAAGUUGCUUUAGAAGCCAUCAAGGAAUCUUUAUUGGAAUUAAGUGUCAAAUCCUAA